GUUUUUUCCAAUAUCGGAAGGUCGUCUUAACGAACCAUUUAUUUGGAUUGGAUUCUGUGAGGAACGAAUUAUUAUUUUGGUAAGCUUCAUACCCAUGCUUACACUCAAUGCGUCAAUUGUACUCGGAGAUUCUAGACAUCCUUGGAUUAAUACCCAUUCGCCUCUUUUAUCUGUCAUUGGUUCUAUAAAUGGUAUUAGUGACUUGGACGAAACUUGUCUCCUAUUUAAAAACGAUGUUCAUGGAGAAAGUUUAGCGUCGUGGCUGAACUUGGUGUAG